UGAUUGUUUUCAAUGGGUUCGUCAAAAUGAGUCAUUUGAAAAGAUGAAAUUGCACUUCGACCAAACAAGUAGAUAUGCAAAUCUUCAAAGGGUUGACCCCCGAAUUGAAGGCAAUUAUUUGUUCUUACGUUUUGUGGCAACUACUGGCGACGCCAUGGGAAUGAAUAUGGUAACGAGAGGUACUGGUAAAGCAAUUGAAUGUCUACGAUUAGCUUUUCCACAAGCCCGACUUUUAUCCAUUAGCGGAAAUUUAUGUGUCGAUAAGAAAGCGAGUGCAUUAAAUUGGAUUGAAGGACGCGGAAAAUCAGUUGUUGCCGAAGCCUUUAUUCCAGCGCAAAUUGUUGAACGUGUGUUAAAAACUAAUGUUGAUUCAAUGGUUGCAAUUGGUCAUGCAAAAUUAUUGGUCGGAUCUUCAGCUGCAUGCACUAUUGGUGGCUGGAAUGCACAUGCUGCAAAUGUUGAUGCUGCUCAAACUGUUAGUAGCAGUAUGUGUAUGACCCAGCUUAACAAACGGGCACAAGAUGGUGCAUUACACAUUUCUUGUACAAUGAAUUGUUUAGAAGUUGGUGCUAUUGGUGGUGGGACUAUGUUAAGUCCUCAAAGCAAAUGUUUGGAGAUUCUUGGUUGUCGACGAGAUAUUUUAAAGCCUGGUCAAAAUUCUGAACGUCUCGCACGAAUUGUUUGUGGUGUUGUUUUAGCUGGUGAGCUUUCACUGCUUGCAUCGCAGUGUAAUGAAGGAGAGCUGGAAAAGAGUCAUUUGCGAUUGAAUAGAUCUAGUAGAAAUUUAAUGUUAAGUGACACUUCAAAUACUCCUCCGUUGUCAUCUCCUGUUCAUUGUAGAAGAGCUAGUUCAGCAGCUGUUAUUCCUCAAUCAAUACCUGAAAGCCUCCCAAUUUCUUUGGAUAAUGUUUCAAUAACAGAAGGGAGAAGACAAAAUAUUAACAUAAAUAGAGGUAACGAAUCAACGACAGGAUCUAGUGCACUUUCUAUUCUUACCCAGACUGGAACUAAAUUGUUGAAGAAAGCAAAUAAUGGUCAUAUGCCUUGUGGACCACUUUGA